CUAAAGGGUCAAUUCUCUAUCUCUCUGUCUCCCUCCUCCUUCCUUCUCUCUCACACCCAAACAGCCAACAGCCAUUGCUUCAGCUCAAAGUCUGUGAUCCACUGAUACCACCCACUGUGACCCCAUUACACUCAUUACAGUGCAGAGAGAGAGAGAGGCCCAGUACAGAUAUAUGGGUGGGGAGGCACAUAAGGAGAUGCAAGUGGAGAGAAGAAGGAGCACUGGGUCUUCCAGAAAUGGCGUAGUUGCAGGCUCCGUUUGGGAGAGCAGAAUGAAGAGCGACGAAGUGAAAGGAGGCAUCAAAGUGUUCAAUGCUGAAGAAAUCCCAGAAGAAAAUGGGAGUGGCGCUAGGCAAAAACCAAAACCCAGCCCUGUUGGGAAGAGGAAGACCUGGAAAUCUGAGAAUUCUGAUGGGUUAGAGAGAAGCCCAAUUCAGAUUGCCAGGAAGAGAUCUGAACAGAGCAAGACUUUGGGUGAACAAUUAAAGGAGCUGAGUACAUCUGCCGACGGGAUCAAGAGAAGCCCGGUUCAGGCCAAGAAGACGAGAUCUGAAGUGGGAAAGGAGCUUAGUGUGUCGGUUGAUAAAAUUGAGAGAAACGCAAUUCAGAUUAGGAAGGCAAAGUCUGAAUCCCAGAAGUUUGUUGGUGAAUCUGGUGAUGGCGAUGGGAUUGAGAGGAGUGGAGUUCAAUUAAGGAAGGUGAAGUCAGAGUCCCACAAGCAUUUGCCUGAAUCAGCCCCCAUUCCGUUGGUCAAAUCAAAAUCAGUCUCCAAUAAGGUUUUGGAUAACCCAGGGAAGAAUCUGGAUGAAUCGGGUGAUGGAACUGAGACGAAUUCAGAUGAAUUGAAGGAAGCUGUUGAGGAAAUUGAGAAGAACCCAGUGGGAAUUGAGAAGAGCGAAUCUGAUGAAACUUGCAAGGAGGUUGGCGUGUGUGAAGAAAAGUCCAUUUCCAAUGGUUUGAAAGAUCCAGAGGAAGAAGCAGAUUGGGAGGAAGAAUUGGAGGGAGAGGUGGAUGAGGAGAUUGAGAAUGAGAAUGAGACAGAGAAGAACAGCAUUGAUGUUAAGGAAGUCAGUUUACCAGAACAAAAGUCCAAGCAGGUUGUGGAGGAAGAGAAAAAGUUGGAUCAAGUCCCAGAAAAGCCAUUACCCAUUUCACCCAUCUCGAAGAAACUGGCAACUCCUCUAGUGAACCACUCCAGAACUCCUCCAAUUCCCACAAAAACUAAAUCAAUUCCCGUCUCAAAUGGAUUCCAGAGGGCUCCUGAAACUGAUACCGGAAUCCGGAGGAUUCCUGAAACCCAUAGCAAAUUGCAGAGUUUAGUUGAUUUGGUUAUGUGGAAGGAGGUCUCAAAAUCAGCAUUUGUCUUUGGAAUAGGAACAUUCCUCAUAAUCUCAUCCUCUUAUACCAAAGAUCUUAAUAUCAGCUUGAUUUCUGUGGUUUCCUAUAUGGGUCUAGUCUAUCUUGCUGCAAUCUUCCUGUUCAGAUCCAUUAUUUACAAGGGAAUUAUAGAUGUAAAUGAUACAUGCCAAAGGUAUAUUGUUGGGGAAGAAGAAGCAAUCUGGUUACUGAAAAUGGUUCUCCCCUUCUUGAAUGAAUUUCUUCUAAAACUUAAAGCUCUUUUCUCUGGAGAUCCUGCCACCACGAUGAAGUUGGCUGUGCUGCUAUUUGUUCUGGCAAGGUGUGGGAACUCCAUAACUAUUUGGAAGAUGGCCAAAUUGGGCUUUUUUGGGGUCUUCAUUAUACCAAAAAUCUGCUCAUCCUAUUCCACACAGUUAACUGCCUAUGGUAAAUUUUGGGUAAGAAGGUUUCAAGAUGCUUGGGAGUCUUGUUCGCACAAGAAAGCUGUGGCCUUAGGCUUAUUUACCCUUGUAUGGAACCUCUCCUCAGUGGUUGCUCGCAUAUGGGCAGUGUUCAUGCUGUUUGUGGCCUUCAGAUAUUAUCAUCAAUCAGUGAUGAUCAUAAAUGAUGAUGAUGCUGUGGAGGAAGAACCCAAGUGCGAGACUUCAUGGCAAGGCCAGAGUGCAGGGCGCAGGAGAUGGAACAGACCACCAACACUGGAAACCAACAAGGAAAAGAAGAGAUUUUGAGAGUAAACAGGAUGCCACUUAUAUUAUGUCACAAUAUUAAUCUUAGAUAUAUCAUAUGUAAUAUAUAUAUAUAUAUACAUCAUAUUAUUUGUAAUAAAUUAGCCCACCAAAAAUUUAUUCUCUUUUUUUAUUUUU